CCGAGGGCGGAGCCCGGGCGGAGCCGCGAGCUCUCCUCCGCCUCCUCCUGACUCGCCGCUGCCCCCGGUACCCGCGGCGCAUGUGCCCGGCAACCCCUCCCCGGCCCUGGAUUCCGCUUCCCCUUCGCUCGCGCUGCAGCCGCAGCCGCCUUCAGGCCCUGCGCCGCCUCCAGAGUCCAUGGCCGGGACGCGCUGGGUGCUCGGGGCGCUGCUCCGGGGCUGCGGCUGCAACUGCAGCAGCUGCCGGCGCACCGGCGCCGCCUGCCUGCCCUUUUAUUCGACCGCCGGCUCCUUCCCGUCGGGCGUCUCGGGCCGUCGCCGCCUGCUGCUGCUGCUCGGUGCCGCGGCGGCCGCCGCCUCGCACACGCGGGGCCUCCAGAUCGGGCCUGCCCCUGCCGGGAGGCUGGCGGGGCCUCCCCCCGCGGCCGCCUCCGCCGCCGCGACGGCUGCCGCCUCCUACCCGGCCCUGCGCGCCCCUCUGCUAUCGCCGUCUUUGACGGCGGCCGCGGGUCCGGCGCGGGGUUACUGCCAGGAGUCCAAAACUACCUACCUGGAAGACCUGCCACCUCUCCCUGAGUAUGAACUGCCUCCGUCCAAGUUAGGAGAGGAAGUGGAUGAUGUUUAUCUCAUUCGAGCUCAAGGAUUGCCGUGGUCGUGCACAGUGGAAGAUGUGCUUAGCUUUUUCUCAGACUGCAGAAUUCGAAAUGGUGAGAAUGGAAUCCACUUCCUUUUAAAUAGAGAUGGGAAACGAAGAGGUGAUGCCUUAAUUGAAAUGGAGUCAGAGCAGGACGUGCAAAAAGCCUUAGAAAAACACCGUAUGUACAUGGGACAGCGGUAUGUGGAAGUAUAUGAGAUAAAUAAUGAAGAUGUGGAUGCCUUAAUGAAGAACCUGCAUGUCAAAUCUACACCUAUGGUGAAUGAUGGUGUGGUUCGUUUGAGAGGACUUCCUUAUAGUUGCAAUGAAAAAGAUAUUGUAGACUUCUUCGCAGGGCUGCAUAUAGUAGACAUUACGUUUGUCAUGGAUUACAGAGGGAGAAGAAAAACAGGAGAAGCCUACGUGCAGUUUGAAGAACCAGAAAUGGCCAACCAAGCCCUGUUGAAACACAGGGAAGAAAUUGGUAACCGAUAUAUAGAGAUAUUUCCAAGCAGAAGGAAUGAAGUUCGAACACAUGUUGGUUCUCAUAAGGGAAAGAAAAUGGCCUCUUCUCCCACUGCUAAGUACAUAACUGAGCCAGAAAUGGCCUUUGAAGAAAAUGAAGUAAAUGAGGAUGUCCGACCCAUGACAGCUUUUGAAAGUGAAAAGGAAAUAGAAUUGCCUAAGGAGAUGUCAGAAAAGCUUCCAGAGGCUGUUGAUUUUGGAACUACAUCUUCAUUACAUUUUGUCCACAUGAGAGGAUUGCCUUUCCAAGCCAAUGCCCAAGACAUUAUAAAUUUUUUUGCUCCACUGAAGCCUGUUAGAAUCACCAUGGAAUAUAGCUCCAGUGGGAAGGCCACUGGAGAAGCUGAUGUGCACUUCGAGACCCAUGAGGAUGCUGUGGCAGCUAUGCUCAAGGAUCGGUCCCAUGUUCACCAUAGGUAUAUUGAAUUGUUCCUGAAUUCAUGUCCAAAAGGAAAAUAAGACUUACAGGGAUUCCAGAUAAUAAGGAUGAAGCAAGAAGCAUUUCAUUUGCACAUCUAUCUUGGACAUGGGAUAUUAUUAUAAAGUUCUGGUUUUUCAGCAGCAACUGCUAGAGAAACGAUUUGGGGGUUUUGAGUUAAUUGCUUAUAAGAAAAAUUCCAUAGUGGACUGUUUAGAAAGCAAAAGAAAAGAUUCAGUUUGGGAUUAUGAAAUAAACCACAAAUAUAAUUUUUUUGUUUAUAAACUGUCCAGGAUCUGAUUAAAAAAAAAUCUAGUCUUUAUUUUAUAUGAUUAAACAGUUUGUUUUCAUAGAGCAUAUGUGACCCAGUGUAAAGACUGCAUAUUUUUAUUCAGCACUGUCCUUUAAAAUCUUUCUCCCAUUUUAAAAAUGAUCUGUUUGAGAUUUUGUGUUUUGCCUGUGAAUUAAGAGCUCUGAUGUAAAACCUCUCAUGGAAUAAAAAUUCUGAUUUAUUUUAACCAAAUACUCACCAAAGCAAGGAAAGAUUUCAGACCUUUGAACCAUUAUGGUUUGGUAGAGUAGUUUUAAUUUUAGGUGUAUUCCAUUAUUUAGAUAGAGGUAGGAAUUUUAAAAAAACAAUCAAAAAUAAAUACCACAAGUUAGUGAGUGCAAAUGACAACAGUUUGGCAGUUUUAUGUCUUUAGAGAUGUUUUGCCUUUCUAAGCCUUGUGCUAAAGGCAUUUAACAUUAGUGCCUGUAUAAUUAAGGAGGGAAUUAUAUAUAGUCUCAACUUAAAAGUUGUCUGAACACCCUCCCCCAUCACCUUUUUCUGAUUUUUAGGUAAACCUUAAGGUGCGUGCUUAGUCUCCAAACUGUGAAGUGACAGGUCGUGACAGCCUUGACCAGUAGGGAUAUUAAUGGCUUCACUUGAAUUUAAACCAGCUCUCGAUAGGAAAGAAUCUAAGUCUCCUCAUCUGCUUUUUCAGUGGGGUAGCACAUCCCAUAUUUUAGAACAAGUAGGGGUGCCUUGCUUAAAUAAAAUAGCAUUUAAUGUAUAAUCGUGUGAAGGGUUUAUGGAAAAGCUGUAUUUCUGUCACAUUGUGGCAGUACCUUCUGCUUUAAUAUUAAACAGCUUGUUAUUUAAACAUUGGAUCAAAAUGGCUGGCUUCAAAAUGUAGUCCUUAAUAAACUAAUUUUAUGUGCACCUGUGUAGAAGAAUCAAAGUCCUGUAUACUUUCUUUGCCUUCUUCCUGUUCUCAAGGUGACAAUUGUCAUGUGGUUACCAGGAGAUGCAAUUCUAGUUCUUAAAAUUGAAUUAGCCCAGAUAUCUGAGAGGUGAUAUCUGGAGGAGAGAUUAUGUCUUCUCUCACUUAAUGCAUAACCAUCUUUGAUUACCAACUAAGAUACGAAAUCACCGUACCAUAAGUAGUCAAUAAAUGAAGAUGGGCUGAAGAUUACCUAAGAGUAUUUAUUUUGAAUCAACCUAAUGUGGUUUUUUUGUAUUAAGUCCUGGUAUAAUAGUAUAAGAAGAAAUGGUUAAUUUUUAGUUGAGUUUGUUUUUAUCAUCCUGUAAGGACAUGAUUUAAUCAAUCAGCUUGUCAUCUUCCAUAUUGCUCCCUAGAUAAAAAUGUAUUUUCAAAGGUAGUUGAGUGUACUGAGCAUUGAGAACUGGUGUCUAUAGCUGUAUGAGCUAUUAGAAUGCGAUCUUUUCUUUCUCUCUCCUUAGCACUAGGUUUCUAAUUUGCUGUGGAAAAAAAUCUGCAGGGUCCUUUGGGAUUGGGGUUAGUGAGGAAUUAAUUCAUUUGCAGUUAACUCUAUUUUAUUAUUAUUACUUUUUUAAUAGUUAUUUUAAAGCUAAUGAGUUUCACUUGUACAUCUGGAAAUGCAUGAGAACAAAUGCAUUAAGAUGUGUGGUGGGUAAGUUUGAAGAGUAUCUUUUUGUCACACCAUGGCUGAGUUCUCAGUACAGUAGGUGGGCUUUUUGGAAAGGCAUCUAAUGAAUUCAUAUACUUUCCUAUAUCCCCUUUAAUUUGGAAUAUUGCUCAUAAUUUAGGCUAGUAAAUGAAUAAUUGCCGACAAGGCAAAUGUACUAACUGGAAAGAAAAGCACAUAAAAGACUAAAAGUAAUCUUUUAUUUCUAUCCAAUCAAAAGAAAUACUUCUCUCUCUCGCAAUUUGACAGAACUGAGUUGUGCAUCAUCAUUUGCUAUUGAAAGAAAUAAUGACAGUGAAAUUUUGCUCUUCUGUUUGGGUCCUUUAUGUCUUUAUAAGCCCCUUUGUGGUAGAGCUAUCAAGAACAGUCACUCAUAUCCUGCUUUGGCUAGCUUGAAAGAAUUGCAGGAGAGGACAUUCCUAAGGAGCAUGUAGACACUAAGAAAAUUGGCUGAAGGUCGUGACCUAAUCUGUUAUUCUCACUGAUACCAGAGAGGGAAGCAGAACCAUUUUUGUUUGUCCGUCUCUUCUUGCAUGAAUGAGGCUUCUGCCAGGUGGGAAGGGAGACCGAGUCUGCUAUGGAGCAGGAGGCUCUAAAUCCUUCUCACAACUCCUGAAGUAUGGAGAAACAAGCCAGAGGAAACCACUUCCAUCUCAGUGACGUUUUUUGAGGCAGCAACCCUGCUCAUUAUUAGUUAACUUGCCUUCUUGGCAUCUUCUGCCCUUAGCAGUCCUUUAGCAGAUUCUCAUUUGGCGAUUUUUCUCUGAGUGACAUCCUAUUCAUUUUAUACUUUAAAACAUUGCAUUAUUUUCAGAGUGUCCCCCAAAUUCUGUGAAAGCAUUCACAUUCAAUUGGUAGGACCUGUAUUAGAGAGUAGAAAGGUGUAUCUCAGGAGUAAAGUGCCUAAGUUCUAGAGGUUUGGGGGGAGAAAUUGCUGUAAAUGUUGUAUGGAGACAUUUUUCCUGCCUGGAUUUAGCAGAUUAGAAAAUAAAUCUCUGGAGUUUGUAUGAAGAGAAUAAAGCUGCUAUAAAUGUUGUGUGUAGGUUUUUGUGUAUACAUAAGAUUUCAGCUCAUUUGGGUAAAUAACCAAGAAGUGUGCUUGCUGGAUCAUAUGGUGAGACUAUGUUUAGUUUUGUAAGAACGUGCCAGACUGUCUUCCAACGUGGCUGUACCAUUUUGCAUUUCUAACAGCAAUGAAGGAGAGUUCCUGUCUUAACUCAUCCUUGCUAGCAUUUGGUCUCAUCAGUGUUUUUUACUUUUAGCUAUUCCAAUAGGUGUGUGGUGAUAAUCUAGUUUUAAUUUGCAGUUCCAUGAUUACAUAAGAUGUUGAUAUCUUUUUGUAUGUUUAUUUGCAUCUGCAUAGUUUCUUUGGUGAGGUGUCUCUUCAGGUCUUUUGCCCAGGUUUUUAGUUGUUUUCUAUUGAAUUUUAGGAAGGGGAUAUAGGAGGGUUUAAUUUGGUUCUUAAGCCUUGAUGAUAUGAAAAUAAAUAGGAUAAUUUUUUGUUUAUAUUUUUUGAAGGAAAUAAAAUUCAAGGGAUAAGAAGGAGUGUACAGUGAACAGUCUUCUUAUCAUCCUAUACUUCAGCACAUUUCCCCUUCUUAAGCAACCUUAUCAUCAGUUUCUAAUGUAAACUUCCAGUGAUUUUACUGUAGGGAUAGCAAAUAUUAGUGGGCAUUUUCAUUUAUUUUAAAAAUAUAAAUUGUAGUGUACUAUGCAUCCUCUUCUGUACCUUUUUUCCCAUUUAGUACAUCCUAAAUAUAAGUAUAUAAAAUCCUUUCUCACAUUUUUAAAACAAUUUUACAGUAUGGAUGUACAUAAUUUAACCUGUCAUUACUAAUGAACAUGUACAUUAUUUCCAAUCUUUUGUUAUGUAAUGCUGAAAUGAAUUACCUUCUAUAAAUUUGUCGUUUUGUACAUACAUAAACUUCUCUGUAGGAUACAUGGUCAAAGUAUGUGCAGCUGUAAUUUAUAUCUAAAAUUAAAUUUAUAUCCAUAAUUUAUUUUUUCUUAGUUUGCACCUGCAAUGCAAAUGCCUAUUUCCUGUAGCCUCCCAGCACAGUUUUUUAGCAAUCUUUUCUUUGCCAAUCUGCCAAGGUUAAAAAAAACCGGGAGUUUCCUAGUGGCAUAGUGGGGUAAGGAUCCAUCAUUGUCACUGCUGUGGUGUGGGUUUGAUCCUUGGCCCAGAACUUCUGCAUGCUGUGGGCAUGGCCAAAAACCAAAUGCGCAGUGGUAUGUUAUUCUCUUGUAAUGUAGCAUUUCUUCACAUUAAGUAAGAGCUUUUGAAUUUCAUUUUCUAUGAAUUUGUUUUCAUAUCCUCUCUCCAUUUUUUUUCUUACAAUCUCCAUCUAUUUAUCCUCAUUAAUUUUAAAGCAAAUUCAAGACAGUAUCAUUUUAUCUGGAUGUAUUUCAGUAUACAUCUUUUUUAAAAAGGACUUUAAAAAUACUUUCUUACCAAAUAUCUAUAUGAAAUGUCAGUGUUUUUUUGUUGUUUUUGUUUUUUUUGCCAUCUGGGUCAUGUGGAAGUUUCCUGGCCAGGGACUAAGCCCAUGCCACAGCAGUGACAAUGCCCACUGCUUAACCUGCUGAGCCACCGGAAACCCCCCAAAGUUUAUAUUCUUGAAGCAGGAUCUGAACAACAGUCCACUCAUUGCAAUGGUUAUUAUGUCUCUUUUUUCCCCUGCAAUAUUUUAAUAAAAAAACUCAAGUAUUUGAAAACAUUGAAUUAAAAACAUGCCUAUAUCUACCACAUUGAUUUUACAAGUAACAUUUUGCCAUAUUUUCUUCAUCAUGUAUCUGUGCAGCCAUCAGUCUAUAUUUCUUUAUGUUAAAGUCAUAGACAUCUGUACUUGAUUCUUAAGCUUUUAGCAUCCGUAUUAUUAAGCAGACUCCUUGUUCUUGAAGUAAAAUGUACAGUGAAAGUGAACAAAUGUAAAGUGUACCACUUGAUGAAUUUUGAUAUCCAGCUGUGUAACCCAAGCUAUGGAACAUUUGACACAUCAGAAGAUUUCUUUAGUAAUUCUUGCACCUCUCCCAUCCCUUCUUGUUAGGAUUUUGUUUUCACCAUAGGUUAGCUUGGCCUAUUCUAGAACUUCGUAUAAAUGGAAUCAGUAUGUGUUCUUGUAUAAAUUUGUACUCGGCAUGUAUUGAGAUUCAUCUACGUGUUUAAGCUCUUUGUUCCUUUUCAUUGCUGAGUAGUACUCCAUUGUGUCGGUAGGCCACAGUUUACUCUUUCACUUGUUGGGUGAACAACUGAUGGGCACUGGGCUGUUCCAGUUUUUGGCUAUUAUGAAUAAAGUUGCUAUGACUCUUGUGC